AUGUUGACUUCUGGAUUGAGAUACGGAAAACAAAUUUUGUCGAGGAGCUUUCGUGGAAAGCCCCAGAUACGCAGCUUGGGCGCUUUGAGGCCUAAGAGCGGCUCAGACUACCGGCACUACAAGAACGCCUUUGGAUUAUUUGCAGUUUCCUCGGUGGUUUUGGCGGGUAUCACAGUAUUUUCACCUUUGGUGUUGAACGACAACCCCAGAGUUGUAUCCAAAAAGGAAUUGAGCACCCAUUCCACCGAGGACGAUUGUUGGAUCAGCAUUAAUGGAAAAGUUUACGAUCUCAGUGGGUUUGCGCGUAAACAUCCAGGCGGGACAAAUCCAAUACUUAAAUACGCUGGAUCUGAUGCUUCGAGAAUCUUCAACAGUCUCCAUGCUCCCGGUUUGAUCGCAACUGCAUUAACACCGGAUCUGGUGGUGGGUGAGUACCUGGACAGCGGAGACGAGACGACCGAUCUUGAAGAGCUUGAAAAACAGGAGAGCAUGAGCAACAAGCCUCCAUUAUCAAGAAUUUUCAAUCUGAACGAUUUCGAAAAAGUUGCCAGACAAGUUUUGAGCGAAUACGCUCUAGCCUAUUAUGCCACUGGCUCAGACGAUGAAGUUACCUUGGGUGAAAACCACAACGCGUACCACCGCGUGUUUUUCAAGCCUCGUGUUCUGGUUAAUGUUGCACAGAUUGACACUAGCACCAGUCUGCUCGGAACUCCAACGUCGGUGCCCUUUUACGUCUCUGCUGCUGCUAGAGCCAAGCUGGGCCAUGAGGACGGCGAACUGGCAAUUGCCAAAGGAGCUGGAAGAGAAGACGUGAUCCAGAUGAUAUCAACAGUGGCUUCAUAUCCUCUUGACGAAAUCACUGCGGUUGCAAGACCUGGCCAAUCGCAAUGGUUCCAGCUAUACGUUAACGCAGAUCCGGAGCAUACACGGAGCUUGAUGGAGAAAUUCAACAACACUGCCUGUUUGAAAGGACUUUUCAUAACUGUUGAUACUGCAUGUUUGGGAAACAGAGAAACUGACAGAAGGGGUCAUUUCGAGGAAUUGAGCUUCCCUGUUGACGAUGAAGGAUUUCCCGUCAGAAAUGUGGCUAAUUCGGUAGCCAGUUCCCUCAUGGACACGGGCUUGGUAUGGGACGAUAUCGCCAGGUUUCGGGCCAUGACAUCCAAGCCAAUUGUGCUCAAGGGUAUUCAAUGUGUCGAUGAUGUGUUGAAAGCAAUAGACGCUGGAGUUGAUGGGGUGGUUCUUUCAAACCAUGGAGGGCGAAAUCUGGAUUUUUCACCUCCUCCUUUGCAGGUUCUAGCCGACCUCCAGCCUGUACUAAAAGAGAAAGGCCUAGAGGGCAAAAUAGAAAUUUUUAUAGACGGUGGAGUUAGAAGAGGAACUGACAUACUCAAAGCGCUUUGCCUGGGUGCUACUGGAGUUGGACUCGGCAGGCCGUUCCUCUACUCUGUAUCUGGAUACGGAGAAGCCGGGGUAGUUAAGGCCAUCCAAAUCUUGAAGGAUGAACUGGAGAUCAGCAUGAGGCUUCUCGGUGUUACCAAAAUCAGUGACUUAACUCCAGAGCAUGUUGAUGUGAGACAGUUGAGAGUGGCUGAGGCUGGUAAACUAUGA